AAACACCGUCCGAAAGAUCGACGAAAAAAGGUUGAACGGGCAGUUCGAGUCACGUUCGAGGAUCGAUAAUCGGCCGAUCGAACACGUCGAGUCCCAGAUUUCGACACCAAAGCGAGGAAGGGGGACCGAGAGUGUUCUGUUCCAACUGGGGGUGCGUACCCGGGGGGUCCACUUGCAUCGAAAGCCCCUUGAGGCACCCUCAACAUAUGCAUUCUCACUCAACCGCCGUAAGCCUAUAUAAAAUUGAUUCGCGCGCAAAUGAUAACCACAGUUCUGAUCAGUCUAUGUAUCGCAUUCUCUAAUGGUUUUCGUGGCCCGCAUCAUCCACGAAGCGCCAUUUCUCAUCACCAUUAUGCUCCGCAGAAAAACGUUAAAAUAACACAGGAUGCAAAUCUUCUGCAGGAUGCUACCCAUUUGAAAGAAGAUAUGGGAUCCAUGGCAGAUCAACUGGACUUCACAAACAUGACUGAACAGGAAAUAGAAUUCCACUACUUCAAAGUUCACGAUAUUGAUAAUAAUGCCAAAUUGGACGGAUUGGAGAUUUUACAUGCUAUUCAGCAUACGUUCCAUGAAAAUCGACUCGCCGACGCUGAACGUGAAAGUAUAAUCGAGGAGGCGGAACACGCGAAACACGAAGAUGAUCUGCCUUGGAUUGUUGAUCUCAUAGACAAAGUAUUGAAGGAGGAUGAUCUAGAUAACGAUGGAUAUCUUGGAUACAUCGAAUACGUACUCGGAAGGCAAAGAGAUCAUACUGCUCAAGCUAAGAGGGAUACUAAUCUGAGAAUCGGAAAAUAAAAUUCAAAUCCGAUAUAAGUUUCUCAUCAACAAAGUGCAUUAAGAGAAACAAAAAAGGAGCCUACGCAACAAAAAUUUACAUCUACGGAAAAUGUGUAUGAAAAAAGAUAUACUUUCCUUUCGAUCGAUUUCUUUAUAAAAAAACUGUUUUCUUCUACCAAAAUAUAUUACAAUAUA